GCUCCAGUUCAAGUAAAAUAAAAGCUCAAGAUCAAGGAAGAGUGAGACUUGUACGGACGUAGAGAACAAACAAGGAAAGAGUUUUCAGUUUUGGAUAGGGAGAGAGAGAGAUUGUCUAUAUGGAUUCCAAGACUCAAGAGGGGAAACAUGUCCAAGUUCAUACCAGCAGCACUAUUCCUCGCUUCUUCUUCAUGUCUUAGUGGAUCCCAAAGAGUAGCUGAUGUUAAAUGAGUGGAAAGGAACCUGCUUGCUGUUGAGGAUCUUGUAGAUUUUGCAUCAAAUUCAGAAGACAGAUAACUUUGACCCUACACAUAUUCUAAAAUUACCUAGAAAACAAUUGAAGUGUAAUUUUGUUCAUUCAAUGACCCAUUCUGCUGUCCCUUUCCCUUCGUGGUGGAAUCCAGAUGAACAGAAAUUUCUGUCAUCUUUAUCCAAAAAUGCAAGCAUGAAAGCGGGCUCUACACCACGACUUUGUCACGAUGCAAAGCAUUUAGGUCUCCAACUAGCAGACCAGGAAUCGUCCACAAUUCAGUUGACUGGUCAAUCUCGCCAUAAAGUGGAUAUUAUGGGAGGGAGCAAUUGUCAAGAUCAAUGUGUUUCAUCUGAAUCUGAUGGAGAUGGAAGUUGUGUCAAGCGCAUUGUGGAAGGUCAAAUGAAGCCGGUUUACUUGUUGAAUAAUCCAGAUAUCAUAAUCAAUCCUUCACAAAUCUCUCAUCACCAUUCAAUGGCUCGAGUUCCAUAUCCUUUUGCUGAGCCAUGCUUUAGUGGAUUAUUGACUAAUUAUGGACAACAAACUAUUAUUCAACCCCAGAUGGUGGGGAUAGCACCCGCACGAGUUCCACUGCCACUUGAUCUCAUGGACGAUGGACCCAUUUUUGUCAAUCCAAAACAGUACCAUGGAAUCCUCAGAAGGAGACAAUCACGUGCAAAGCUUGAGGCUCAAAACAAAGUUGUCAAAACUAGAAAGCCUUAUCUUCAUGAGUCUCGGCAUCGUCAUGCGCUAAAUAGGGUAAGGGGAUCUGGUGGACGCUUUGUCAGCGUAAGAAAGCUCCAAAAUCCUGAUUCGUCCGCCACUAGCAACACUCACUGUUCCUCAGAUUGUGUUGACUUGCAUCCAAGUAAAAAAAUGUCUGAGUUUCAUAGUCAUCAGUUUCAAGAUGUUGCUUCCCUUACCACCUGCUCUGACAUCAAGCAUGUCUCCAACAGCAACAAUGGUAACGGUAGCUUUAGGAGGUUCUCUAGACCCAUGCAGUGUAAUUGCAAUGGAGGCCUUGUGUCUGGAGGCACCCAGCACAGUGCUUCAGUCGUCCAGUGAGACAUGGGAAAUAAACAAGAUCGAUGAUCCGUAUCAUCGGUCAGGCAAUUCAUCCUUGGCUCCGUCACUUUACUUUCUAUGUUUCCUGCUUGUCUUCCGAAAUGCGCUACAUUUGCCACAUCGUACUAAGAUCUUUACUAAUUUCGUUUGCAUGGUGUCAUGAAGGAUAUUGACAUGGUUUUGUAAGAAGAUUGUGCUUUUAACUCAACUUUGCUAAUACAUCACUUAUGUUGUUGCUACCAA